AUGUUGGUGUCUCCGACGGCUACUGCAAAUUCUGUCGAACAGCAAACUAUUCACGAUCUGCGGUGAGUGCCAUCGCACACCAUCUUCCUCUUAUUCCAAUGAUGCCUUCGGUUGACCUCGGUCCGGAAGAUUCUCAAAGAAUAAUGAUAUCAUUCCCUUCCGGAAUCAUGAUUAUCAUUCGUUUCCAGAUCGAUUCUCCCGCAGAUUGAGCCUCUGAACGAUGGUUACGUGCUGCGUUGGCUGCGUGCCAAGAACGGACGGUUCGACGAGACGGCAGAAAGUUUGAGAAAGCACGUGGUGUUUCGUAACGCGUGGCACCUGGAUACCAUCGAUCAGUGGACGCCGCCAGAAGUGAGUGGGCGAGAAAAGUGGGGGGAAAUCAAUGAGGAAUCGGGAAGGAUUGGAAGGCAAGUCGGCGGGGAGAAAGCCUCUGGUUAAUCAUAGAUCACAGACCACUCGCGACGAAAUGGAACGAGACGAAUCUGUUUGUUUUUGCAGUGUCUCGAGAAGUAUUGUGGAUACGGACUGCUUGGAGACACCGAGGGACGUCCCAUUCUGAUGUCCCUUCUCGGAAACGUCGACGUCGAGGGACUGCUCAGAUCGGUGGCUUCGCUCGAUUACAUCAAGUUCUCGUUGGCUGCUAUCGAGAAGGGAAUGAAAUUGUGCGAGGAAAAGGCGAAAGAGGUCAGUGGAGAACGGCGAGAAAGUGUGUGUUCUGAACGGGAACCAUUGCAGUCCGGCCGUCCAUUCGAACAAAUGACUCUCGUCUUCGACCUCGAACACAUUUCAUCCGCGCAUUUCUCCUGCAAACAGUUUGCUUCCUCGUUCACGACUCUCGUCAGUCUCUUCCAGGAUCACUAUCCACUGGUUCUUCGGAAGAUUCUCAUCAUAAGGUACGCUACAAAACAUUGAAAUGGCCAAUUUCAAAAUUCAGAGCUCCUGAAAUGGCUCGGAUCGCGUACGCGUCAAUCACGGCAAUCCUUCAAGAUCCGAUCACUCGUCUCGUGGAAAUGCCCUCUGAAGUUGGUCCCUCUUGACAUCCGUUCAAACGUCGUUCCGUUUUGCAGCUCGAUUGGAAGUGGUCGCUCGCUCAGAUCGUCAAUCUGGAUGCGUGGCCAAUGUACUGGGGCGGCAACCUCGUGGAAAACGGCGAUCCAAAGUGUCCGUCCCGCAUAAAAUACGGCGGAGGACCAGUCGACGAGAGCUACUUCGUGGAUCCGAAAAAGGCGAUGGCCGACUACGAUCAAUUGACGACCGUUUACGCGGGAGACAAACAUCUCAUUCAGAUCAAAGUGAAACGUCCGAGUCGGAUAAGGUGAGGUGCCGGAAGUGCGGCGAGCGAUGACGUGGAACACUUUCAGCUGGCAGUACAUGACCGACGAAGACGACAUCGGAUUCGAGAUUCGCUACGAUAAAACGUGUGCGUGCGACAAAUUGACCGACAUGGAAACUGUCUAUCCGUACAUUCGUCUCGAGUGCACAAAUGUUCCGAUCAGUGGACAUCUCGAUGCUGCCAGUCCCGGAAAUUGUGAGUCAAACGGUCCUUAUCCAUUUCAUUGCGCACUUUUUCAGAUGUUCUGGAAUUCGACAACUACUACUCGUGGUUCUCGGCCAAACAACUCCGUUAUAAUAUCGAGAUCGAGGAGCUCUGA